AAAAUAAUAGGUGAAGCGGUCUGACUUCGGAACGGUCGAAUGCACCUAAUAGCAUUAUAUAUAUGUAAAAUGAUUUGACUUGUCUUUAGAAAAGCGAGAACGCGUGAAGUUGGUCGUGAUUCUAUUCUGAUUUUUGUUUGAUUUAGUGUUCAAAAAACUUGGAGUGAAUCGUUGUUCAAUAAACAAGUUGAAAUAUUAAUCCCAGAAAAUUUUAAACUACUUUGUAUUUUAACUAAAUUUAACCCGAACCAUGUCUGAAAACACUCUUUUUAAUAUUAUAAGCUAUGAUGGAGAUGAAAUAGAGGAAGUCUAUGAAAGGCAAACAUUACCCUCUAAUGUUGAACUGUCAGAAAAUGUGAUGUACGAAGUGAAAUAUUUUGAGGAUAAUGAUGAUUCAAUAUAUCUCGAGUAUAGCGUUGAGGAAAUGAUAGAUGAGGAUAUUUAUGAUUCACAAAUGAACAACCAACAAUUGUCGGUUAAUGAGCAAGAGUUAGAGCAACAGUGGAAUGUAGUGCACGACGAAAUUACAAAUGACGAUAACAACAAUGAUAACUUUGAAUAUGAAAUAAUAGAGUAUGUUGAAACAGAAGCCCCUGAUGAAGAUAUAAAGCCAAUUAAGACUAAAAUUAAAGAAAUUAAAGAAGAAAGCGAAUGUGAAUUUUUGCCAAAUGAUAAUUAUAAAUGUCUUGAUUGCAAACGUACGUUCAAUGAUGCCAGCGGAAAAGCUCAACAUGUUUGUGAAAAAUUUAAGAAAGCCAUUGACAAUAAAAUAAAAAAACUUGUGGAAUUUUACUGCCCAAACUGUGGAAAAAAAUUUUCAUCACUACCCAGUUAUCACGAACAUACACCAGUCUGCGAAAAUAAAUUUGAAUGCGUUCAUUGCAAUAGGAUAUUUAAGACAUUGAAAGGCCUUGUAAUUCACACACGUGUACAUACGGAAAAGACAAACUCAGCAUCUAGUUCUGGAAAUCUAGAAACAGAAAUUACGUGUAAUGUGUGCAAUACUACUUUCUGCAGCGAAAAAAAUUUAAAGCUUCAUAUGAAGGUUCACGAAACUCGUCCGAAAAAAACUAUUGAGCAGGCUCUUUCCUCUGUAACAAAAAACGAGUAUACAGAUAUGAACCUCUUUCAUUGCGAAAUUUGUAAUAAAAGUUUUGAUCAAAAACUUCUAGCCGUACAUAAAAAUAUGCAUUUGAACGUUAAAAGUUUCACUUGUAAUAUAUGCAAUCGUCGAUUUGAUACGGAGUUGAAUUACAACUUGCACCAAAAAAUGCAUGCUAGUAAAGCUAAGGAGCGACCAAUACAAAAAGGCAGUAAACACUUAAAACCUGGGCGUAUAUUUGCUUGUCAGUACUGUGAUCGUGUGUUUCCACGGCCACAUGAAAAGGUCAUGCAUGAGCGUAUACAUACAGGUGAAAAACCAUACGAGUGUGAAGUAUGCGGUAAAACUUUCCGAGUUGGCUAUUCCCUUACCUUACACUUACGGACUCAUACAAACAUCCGACCAUUUGUGUGCGAAAUUUGUAAAAAACGUUAUAAAUCUCAAGCAACAUAUUCACAUCACAUAAAUACACACAAUACUGAAUGUAAAUAUAAGUGUGAUAAGUGUGGCAAAGGCUAUCGCACGUCUGUGCAGUUAUGCAUGCACAAGCAUACACAUAAUAAGCCAGUCAACUGCACUGUCUGCAACCGUCCAUUUGCCACAUUGUAUGCUGUGAAGUUACAUAUGAAAACACAUGAACAAGGAACUAAGUUAAAUGAAAAUUUAAAACAUUCCUGCAAGAUAUGUGGUGCCGCGUAUGCACGCGCAUUUGCACUGACCUACCACAUGACUGAUCAACAUAACAUAGAACCACGAAUUGCUAAUCAGAUGAUAGAUAAAGCAAAUACUGUCGAAAUUAAUAUCGAUGAAGCAUUGAGUGAUAAUUCUAAUGAACAAUUCAUAGAAUCAGAUGGCGAUGAAGAAACUAAAACAGCUACUAGACAAUUAACCGCAUGUUUAGAGGAAUACAAUGAUAACAUUGAUGAAGAUAUGCCAAAUGAGAUCAAUGGAGAACAUUUCAGAACAGAAGAAAUAAUCACGGAUUGGUUAACCAAUUGAAUUUUCUAAUUUUAUUGUACAUAUAUAGAUUUACUGUUUAGAAUAUUUAAACUAAAAUAAA